AUGAUUCCAACAACCGGAUAUCAAACUCAAAUCCCUAAAUUAACAGGACAAAAUUAUUAUCACUGGAAUAUUCAGAUGAGGGUUUUGUUGGAAUCUCAAGAAUUAUGGAACAUAGUAGAAGAUGGAUAUCAGGAACUAGGAACAAAUUCUUCAGAAGAAGCCAUAGCCGCAUACCGAGACUCUACAAAAAAGGAUAGAAGAGCGCUGCAUAUUAUCUUUCAGUCAGUAAACGAAACGGUCUUCGAACGUAUUGCAAUGGCAAAAACGUCUAAGGAAGCAUGGAUCACACUAAACAAAUCCUACAGAGGAGAAAAUCGCGUAAGAACGGUAAAAUUACAAACUCUUAGAUGCAGUUUUGAUUCAUUAAAAAUGAAAGAAAGCCAAACUGUUGAGGAUUACUUCAACAGAACGACUCUAAUUGUGAAUCAACUACGGAUGAAUGAAGAAAACAUUAGUGAACAACGAGUAGUAGAAAAAAUUUUAAGAAGUCUGACUCGAAAUUUUGAGUCCGUAGUUAUUAUUACUGUAGAAGAAACGAAAGACUUGGAAAAUUUGUCCACCGAAGAACUCAUGGGUAUACUUCAAUCUCAUGAACUGCGUAUGAAAUUAUAUGAUGAUGUUCCCAUGGAACAUGCAUUUCAAAUGCAGAAUUCGAAUAUGGACAAAUCUGGACAAACAAUGGGACGGAAACUUGGACACACGGCAAAGUUUUGUCCAAAGAAAGACGUAGAUGAUAAGUCUGACAAUGUACUAAUUCAUAAGGAAGAUGAAUUAGAUGAGCCCCAAGAGGAUACCAUGUUCAUGAUUUUUAACAUGGAAGAAAAAAUUAAGGAAGAUUGCUGGUACUUAGACAGCGGUGCAGCAAUCAUAUGA